AUGGCGAUUGCUACUCUAGCUCUAAAGUUAGCAGAAUUGGAAAAACUAACAGUCCAAAAACCAGUGAGAGCGCCACUACCUCCACUACCUCCACUAACCUUGCUACCUCCACAAGCUCUAUUAUCACUAAUAAAAGGAGAGCAACCCUGUCCAUUUUUUUUCAUUCAAGAGAGUGGUAAAAUCCUAAGAAGCUUCGAUUUUCUCUGA